CACUCACUACGUGCUGGAGCUAAUCUACAGUGUGCUGCUGGAGAAAAACUGCACUUGAGGUUGAUCACUUUUAUAAUGUUUUGCUGAAACCUGUCGUACAUUUCUGUUCAUAAAUUCAGCACUUAGAGGCAGAAGUGGAAAGCAUGCAGCGCGUCUGUUGGAAAGGAGCACAUGCAGCAGCGCGGCAAUGUGUGUGUGGGAAAGUGACGGGGCAACCGUUGCAGCAUUGUCGCAGAUACGCCACAGCUGGAGAGUCUGGAUCUACUGCUGGGAAAAUAGUGGCCGCUAGUCUUCUGACAGUGGGUGGAGGUGUCGGUGGUACGAUCCUUUAUGCCAAAUGGGACCCUAAAUUUCGAGCAAAUGUAGAGAAGAGCGUUCCCUACUCUGAUCAGUUGUUUGAGAUGGCACUUGGCCCUCCAUCUCCUCCACUUGUCCCAUUACUAAAGAAACCGGUAAAGGUGGAACCUUUGCAAAUAUCCUCACUGUCAGAAGCCUCUAAGGAGUCCAAGCAACCUAAAGCUAAAGCAAAGAAGUCUGAUCCAGCCCCUCCAGCCGCUGUAGAGGAUGCACCAGGACCACCUGCCCCAAAGACGCUUGAGGAAGCCUCUGCCGAGGCAGCUCAUAUUAUUUCAGCUCUCAGUGAGGUGCCCUCUGUGCCCGCCCCGGGUACGAGCGAUGUAACUGCACCUGAGCCCCCCGUGCCAGCCCCCCCUGCAGAAGAGUGUAAAGAAUGCGCUCAUCCUGAGACUGUGCUGAAGGAGAGAUCGGCAGAUGAAGUGACCGCUCGACUCGCUCAACAGGAUAAAGCUGAGCAUGACACUUUAAUGGCUUUGACUGCUGGACUAGAAGAAACACUGGGCAGCACAGCAAAGGUGACCCUACAGUCCAUGGGAGCCCAGGAGGCCGCACUAACCGCCAUUGCAGCACACACAUUCAAACUCAAAGAGGCCAUGGACUCACAGACUCCUCCAGAUAAGAAGUCAUCUCAGUGGAGAGAACUGAACGAGGCUAUGAGCGAGAGAACCCGAGCUGUGGAUGAGGCCGGAGAAGCCCUGCUUAAAGCCAAAGAAGAGCUUGAGAAACUUCGUAGCGUGAUCAACCACGCUAAAAGAUCCAAGAUCGAUGGGGCGAGACCACAGAUACUGGCGGCAGAGGAGAAUUUACACAACAUGAUCGUUGAUCUGGACGCUGUUGUAACCAAAGUCCAGAAUGCGCAGACGGAGGCGAAGAUCGUCUCUCAGUACAGUGAGCUGGUGAAUGAAGCCAAAGUUCAAUUUCAGAAAGAGCUCGCCAGCAUCACACCUGAGAUCCAGGCCAACUGGAAGGGACUCACGGGGAAGCUGAGCGCAGAUGAUCUGAACGCCCUGAUCGCUCACGCUCACCGGCGCAUCGAUCAGUUGAACCGUGAGCUGGCUGAGCAGCGAGUGAGGGAGCAGAUCCACAUCGAGACUGCUCUGGAGCAGCAGAAGCUGGAGAAUAAGAAAAGUGUGGAGAGAGCCGUGAUUUCUGCUCUGGAGCACAGCCAUGAGGACAUGAGACUGGAGCAGGAGAAGAAGAUGCAGGAAGUGCGUGAGGUGAUGGAGGCUGAGAUGAGAACCCAGCUGCGGCGUCAGGCUGCUGCACACACAGAUCACCUGCGUGACGUGCUGAAGGUGCAGGAGCAGGAGCUGCGUGAGGAGGCACUAGAGAUCCUGAACAGUAAGGUGAUGGAGCAGGAAACUCAUUACCGUAGACUGACUCAAGAGCAACUGGACACUUUCACCCUGGACAUGAAUUCUGCUUACGCCCGACUGAAGGGCAUCGAAGAGACCAUAGACAGUCAUGUUAUUGCCGAGCAAGAGGCCCGUAAAGCUCACCAUCUGUGGCUGUCUGUGGAGGCUCUGAACUACACCUUCAGGUCGGCAGGUGCCGAUUCCCCCACCGAGCCUUUAGAUGGCGCUGUCUGUGCAAUUAAAGAGAGCUGCGCAGAAAACGAGUUCGCUCAGGCUUUGGCCGGCGCCAUUCCAGACGAGUCUCUAAGCCGAGGGAUCUACAGCGAAGCUUCCCUCCGAGCGCGCUUCUACGACAUCCGCCGGCUCGCGCGACGCGUGGCUCUUAUCGACGAAACCCGCAACAGCCUUUACCAGUACUUCCUGUCCUACCUGCAAGCCGUCCUUUUGUUUGAGAGAGAACAGGAGGCUCCUCCUACUAAGCUAAGGCCCGAGGACCUCCACACGUUCAAGCUGCUCGCCUAUGCGACCUAUAGCAUCGAGCACGGCGACCUGGAACUCGCCGCAAAGUUCGUCAAUCAACUCAGAGGAGAGUCGCGGCGUGUGGCGCAGGACUGGCUUAAAGAAGCCCGGCUUACUCUAGAAACAAAGCAGGUGAUCAGCCUGCUAUCAGCGUACGCCAACGCCACGGGGCUGGGCACCACGCAGGCCCCUUAGCCACACCCACUCUGCUGAGAGUAUGUAAAUUAGGAGGAGUGUUACGUGUUAACGGAACCUGACGCUCCUCUGGUUAAUUUAUAAGUAUGUUGCGUGCUAGCCAAUUUGUUUUCUUAUUUGUCUAAAGCACUUUUGCAGGAAGGCUCUGCCCUCAAAAUGUACGUGGCCUACCAUCCAGAAGAACCAGUGAGAGUACCAGGUGUGCAUUUAGCGGUUAGAAAGGUCUUUGGGUCAGCGUGACAUUAGCCUGUCUCAGAUUUCACAUGUAACGCUUCAGUUUCAAAGUUCUAACUGGUUCUUUAUUUAGCAGACUGUUGAGAAUUAUCAAUCUUUCUCUCAGUGUUCAAUAUCAAUAAAUCAUGGUUGUUGAAAAGAAUGCUAUUUCUUAUUUUGGUUUAUUUUUCAUCAUAAUUUAACGUGUAUCUAUUAAUGAUUUUAAUUAGCUUUUAUGGAUAAAAUAUGAUGACGCUUCUCAUUUAAAACCACACUCGGGUUUGGCUAGUUUGCAUCAGCAGGUCAAUGCCUUUAAAGAUGGAAUAGACUUCAACUGGUAUUACACCUGACAUUUAUUUUGCAUUGUGCCUUGUUAUGAUACGGUGUUAUUUCACAGAUAAAUUUGUGUGUAGCUGUAGGUGUUUUUAUUCCACUGCAGUAUAAAGUGUCCAUCUUAAGUUAAAUCAGUCACUGAAAACACAUCAUAUCACUCCUCCUGUGGAGAAAGUUCACGUCACCUCAAAUUUGUCUCAUCUUUAGCUGUCGUGUCUUAAUUAAUGAAUUAUGAUUUCAGCAAAUCACUGUAUGAUCUGUAAAAACCGUUGGGAUGCAAAUUAAAAAUGAUUUAUUAGCA